CCUACAGAGACUUAGAGAUAUUUUAUUUUUAGCAGUGUUUAGUACAGACUACAGCAUGCCAUCAGUUGAUCAACACAGCGAUUAAUCUGUAUUGACCCAUUUCUAAAAAUAAAAAAAGGAUGACAGGCGUAUUUAAAUAUUUAGCCAAAAUAUUAUACAGUGCUCCCAGAUCCAGUGUGCUAUGUGUUCAAAGAUGCUAUACUACAAAGCGAUCUGGACCAAAGCUUGAGUUAACUCUAGCGAUUCUCAAGCCUGAUGUAACCUCCCGUCCUCACAUUGUUGAAGAUAUUCAUGAAAUUAUCAAAGAAAAUGGAUUCUUCUUUGUGGCCUCUAAACAUUUACAUUUGACUCGUGCUGAUGCUGAAGAAUUCUAUAAGGAACAUCAUGGUAAAUUUUUCCAUAACCGCUUGGUGAACUUCAUGUCAAGUGGGCACAUAUGGGCUCAUAUCUUGGCCCGAGAAAAUGCUAUUGCCCACUGGAGAAAACUUAUGGGCCCCACGAAAGUGUUCAGGACUAUUCAUUCAGACCCUCAUUCAAUCAGAGGAUUGUUUGGACUGACAGACACAAGAAACGUGUGUCAUGGCUCAGAUUCAACAGACAAUGCAUUGCAAGAAAUCAAGUUCUUUUUUCCAGAAUUUGAUGCCAGAAAAUGGUAUGAGGACAAUGAACCUUUCUACCACCAUGAAAAUGUAACAUUCUGCAAUGAAUCCAUGGUCCAUGUUCUAAACAAAAACCAAGAAAAUAAAUCUGAUGCAUGUUAAUAUUAUGGAUGAUUUUGGCUUUUACAUUGACUGAAAUAACUGAAAUGCAUGUAGCUGGUCUAAGGUUAUUCCUAUCACAUUUGUAAAGAAAAAAAUAUAUGUAACAGUGUUUUGCAUUAGGUAAAUCAAUUUAUUAUUAUAUAUUACAUUUGUACAUAUAUAUACAUACAAUUACAAGCAGUAUGGCUGUCAGACUUUCUAAAUUAA